GUCGAUCUAUUUGAUUUGUGGUGUGCCUCCGCCUUCGCUUCCGCCUCCUCCGCCUCCACCUUUUCUUAUUCGCCUUCCAUCUCGCUUCGACGUCGCCAGCGAUCGCGCCCUGCUCCGCCAUGGCCUCUCCGCUCGAAUCGUGCUGGCUGUAUCUCAUCACUCAUUUCAGCGAGUUCCAGUUAGCAACUGUCGGCACUUUCUUAAUUCAUGAAAGUGUCUUUUUCUUAUCUGGACUUCCAUCUAUAUACUUUGAGAGGUCAGGGCUUUUCAGCAAAUAUAAAAUUCAGAAAAAGAACAAUACUCCAGAAGGGCGAGAGAAAUGUAUUGUGCGUCUUAUCCUGUACCAUGUAUGUGUCAACUUACCAGUUAUGCUCAUCUCUUAUCCUACAUUCAGAUUCAUGGGGCUGAGAAGCAGUCUUCCGUUGCCUCACUGGACUGUCAUCGUAUCUCAAAUUAUUUUUUACUUCAUCUUGGAGGAUUUUGUCUUCUACUGGGGACACAGGAUUCUGCACACCAAAUGGCUAUACAAGCAUGUUCAUAGUGUCCAUCAUGAAUAUGCUACACCUUUUGGACUAACUUCUGAGUACGCCCAUCCUGCUGAAAUCCUUUUCCUUGGAUUUGCCACAAUUAUUGGUCCAGCUUUAACUGGUCCUCACCUCUUUACUCUUUGGUUAUGGAUGAUAUUGAGAGUCUUGGAGACGGUAGAGGCUCACAGUGGGUACCAUUUCCCAUGGAGCCCCUCAAACUUUUUGCCUUUAUAUGGAGGUUCUGAUUUUCAUGACUUCCAUCACCGUGUGCUUUAUACAAAGUCAGGCAAUUAUGCAUCGACUUUCGUUUACAUGGACUGGUUGUUUGGCACUGAUCAAGGUUAUCGGAAGCUGAAGGCCCUCGAGGAAGUAGAAGGAAAGAAAUACUAAGCACCAAGAAAUAUCUAUUCUGACAUCCUAAGCCUAUCUGAAGCAUCAUCUGAAGUUUGGUGUCUCCUCUUCUAUGUCUGGAUGGCACAGAGAUGAUCUUCCAAUUGUAGUAAGGACUUGUAAACCUCGUGCCUUUUCCACCCCAAAAGGAUGAAUCCUCUUGUGGGCAUCCUCUCUUUGAUCACUGAAGUUAGCCGAGUAGAGGUUGGGUUGUGAAACAGCUUCUAUUUGAAUGGUUAUAUUCAAAGUACUUGGAAGUGUCAUAUGAGACAUCAGUUUGACAUUUGCAUUAAUCAGGCAUGUAACAAUGGGUCAAAAUUCAGUUUAAGGUAUAUAUUGUUAUUUCCUUUUUAUCCAUCA